AUGAAGCAUAAAGUUAAAAAAGAUAUUAUAAAAUACAAAAAAAAAUUGGAAAAUUCAAUAAAGGCUUUAGAAGAAAAAAUAUUUAGACUUGAAACAGAAUAUCACAAAAAUUGUAAUGUUGAUGGAGGAAACUUACUCAAAGGUUGGGACAGUUAUUUAAGAAAAACACAAAUCGAACCAUUAUGCUUUAAAACCUUUAGAGAUGAUUAUAGUGAUGCAUACAUCGAAAGAAUAUUAUCAUUAACAUCAUGUACAUCACCAGCCAAUGCUUUAUUUCAAAAUGAACAUAUAGCAAAGGAUAACCAUCAUUUAUAA